AUGGCUCUCUGGCUGUUCAAACGAAAGAGCCGGCGGAAAAGAGGUCGCGCCAGCUCACCCGUGGAUGAUUUUUCCGCAAUGCCGCGAAGCUUCACCGCUCCGAGUGGACCGGUCGCUGCAGGCCCGAUUUCUUCGUCGCCUAUCCGGCGACGUCCUAGCAGUAGAAAACACCAACGCCCGGAACCCAACAAACUCCAGCGCCGCAUACGCACAUACAGUUUUGAGUCGGGCCGCGCCGACAACUUGGAGAUUGGCAACGCAGGUACCUGGAAGGGCGCGGCGCGUCGCAAGCCAUCUAUCCCUUCGCCACCUCACGCUAAUGGCGGCCCGCUCAAUGGCUCAGCGAGUGACGGCAUUGGCGGCAAUACCGCCCAAAUCGAGCGCAAUCCAACACUGCACCAUUCCGACAGCAAACGCGAUGGGCGUCAACGUAUGUCGCGAACGAAAAGCAGCAGGAGGCGUAAAAAUGCAGACGACCGCGCGCGCGAGGUCAAGAUCAAGGCCUUGAGCAAUCCCAGCAACGCCAAUGACAGCUAUGACUUUACACCCAUGCGGCCUGCGGCAGAAACUUGGUCCGCCGGCCGUCCUAUGAAGCGAGAAACAAUGAAGGUUGCCCAUCCCAACAGCGUUGCCGCCCGAUAUGCUCGAAAGCUUCCGAGCGAUAUCUCAUUGCCCAUGGCCGAGUCCAUCGAUUCGGCCAUGUCGUCCGACUCCGACCAGGUUGCCUUUGUUAUUUCGCCUUUUGCUGCUUUGGCGCCAAAGCCGACUUUACGCUAUGCCUCGCAACCCAGGGCCAGCGCACCAGGCAACGGUGGCGGCUAUGUUCCUGCGCGCAGUAUUUCACAAAAGAGAAAGCUUUCGAAACCGAUUCCCGAAGCGACGCUAAGGGCGCACAAGCGCGUUGACGAUCUGGCGAACGAUAUGAACGCUAGCGACCUGCGAGAACUCAUGGAAAGAGAUGCGCGGCGAAGAGACAGGAGACGAGUCCAGGAUGAAGAGAGAGCUGCGCGCCGACUAGCUCGACAGGCCGAGAAGCACCGUCUGCAGCAAGGCCAUUUGCAGUCUGAGCAACCAGCUGGCGCAAACUCUGCGCGCCCUCUUGCACCGGUGCUGCGGUCAUCGCCCGAAUUGGCCCGUGGUGUGCUUGGCCGUGAAGCAGUUGGACUUGGACCCGGCACUACCUCCGCCGUUGUGACGUCCGCUGUUCGACGCGAGUCUCCCACUCCACCCCCGCCCACACCUUCGGAACGAAACUCGAUAAUGCUCGAAGAGCGGCCCGAGCGCGACAUUGAUGACCCGCUCCCGCAGGGCCUGCGCGGCGAUUUCUCCACGCCGUCUGCCGCUGAUCGCCAGGACGGGGCCGAUUUGCCAGCUGUCAACAGUGGGUCAGCUUCGAAUUCCAGGCGCAUACCCUCACCGGUUGAUAUGUAUCACCGACCAAAUAGCAUCCCCACAGCACCUGUCCAGUUUGAGCCCCCCGAAUCAACCCCGGAAUUGACCGCACCCCGGCAAGAAGCUGCUGCACUUCCAGCACGGACCCCAUCCAUGCUCAGACGACUCGCUAGAAUAAGAAGACGCAUGUCUAGCGCAUCAUCGAUAAAAGAAGACUCCGAGACUGUUGCCAAAACCAAUGCCACUGUCGCCCGCAAGCCGUCCAACGGUGGGCUAGUCCGCAGAGGGUCCCUAACAUGGGGCUCCCUCGGCGCUCUUUUCCGAUGGAGGUCGAGAUCCAAGCGGACCCCACAAGGACAAUCGUCGUUUGCAAAUUUAUCUCGAGAUUCGAUGGCUGCCCAGUCUUCGAUCCAAAGAUCUCUGCAUAAUUUUGACGCUGUCCCUCACAGCCACCUGCGGAAUCCCUCUCAGACUCUGGUUGAGGAGUCCUCUAGCUUUGCAGCGCCAGAAACUGCAGCGGGGAUGGCAGGGGGCCAUUUUGCGUCCACUGCAUCUGUCAACUCGUCUGCAAAGGCUGCACGUCCUACAAAACCUCACCCUAUGAAGGUGACCGGCCUGGUUCCGAAGCGCACUCUCUCUCGUUUCCGUGAAGACCUACCUGACUUUCUCAAGUCUCCUCCAGCCUCGCGCAUUCAGUCGCCGGAGGUGCAAGAAGCAGUGUCUCCUAUUCAGGCGCAGAUGGUUACACAGGGAGCGGUCUACAGCUCCUCGCCCACUCAAAAUUCGAGCUUUGUCAACAACAGUGGAGACGACGAGUCGAUUAUCCUGAUGCCGACCGGCUUUCAUGAGGCCCCGCAACAGCCGCCGUCGUUUGACAGCACGAGCAUGGGCCACAACAGCACGACCAACGGAACGCGGGACACCCCGACGUCGUGGCUCCAAAUGGAGGAGACCGAGCCGUCGCCAGAGCCGCAGCAGUCACUAUCCCUAGCGUCAAUCGACUCCGAGGGCUCUUGGCUGUCGGGCCGCACGGCGUCACGCCGCCGGGUGUCACAGAUGCAGCCAUCGCUGGACAGUGUCUCGCGCUCGUUCCAAAAGACAGCAACCCACCAACAUCAUCGCGAGCGGUCGUGGCCUUCAAACGGGAGCACACAUGGCCAGCAGCCUGCCGUGUCGCCGACCGAAGCCGAAUUGGUCUCUUCUGCACACGGCACCGUGGCCGUGUCUUCUGCUCAGCACAUGGACGACGACGAGUCGAGCAUCGUGCUGGAUGACGAGUAUCUCAGCCGUCUUGCUCACAGCUCAACCGGUGGUGGGUCGCGGGCUAUUAUGCAGAGAGAGUCGACGGGCGAUAUGCUUCCGUCUAGCGACGACGAGCUCGAUACCGUCAAUGGCGACGGCGUUGAUCCGCGCUGGGGUUCCGUGAACGAAAAGCGGGUUGAUGCUGCUUUUGUGAUGUCACACCGUGCCAAUCUAAUCCAGAGCCGCGAGGUUCUGAUGACUUCGUUCUCCGAUGGCGAAAAGGGCAUGGACCGGUCCGAGAGCCCCGUUGACAGUCCCAUCAGCCCUGUGAGCAUGGCAAGCCCGAUCAGCCAAACAAGCAGCGAGUUUAAAGAGGAAGAGGCUGGCUUGCAGCGCGCUACAAGCGUAAAUCUUGGACGAGGCCAUGCUCGCCAUAUCAGCGCCGGCAGUGCCAAACUGCUGGAGAUCACGCCGUCGCCGCGGAACUCGGUCGACGCCAAGGCCGGCUGGUCGCGUGAACCAUUGUUCUAG